CAAUCGUAAAGCUAGCCACAACAGCAGUCAAAGAUGGCGGACAAAGGAGAUCUGAUUGAUUUCAGCGUCAUCGAGACCUGUAAGGAAAAUAUUCAGUCCAUACCAGGGGGCCGCAGUGCCAAACAGCUUUCGACAGUUCUGUCGCCCCUCGCUGCAAAGAAGUCGCCUCCGCUCUCAGAAAUACAAGGCUCAAAGGAAACGAAGCGACAAGAAUUUGAACAGGAGCUUUUAACGAUCGCCGAGGCAGACGAUCCUCUGGACGUCUAUGAUCGCUAUGUAAAAUGGACCAUGGACGCCUACACAUCCGCACAAGGCACGAACGAAUCGAACCUUCUGCCCCUCCUAGAGCGCGCAACCAAGGCGUUCUUGACGUCCUCACUCUACAAGAAUGACCCUCGGUACCUGAAACUAUGGUUGCUAUACAUUCGUCUGUUUUCCGACAGUCCGCGCGAAACAUACGCUUUUCUCGCCAAACACAACAUUGGCCAAGGACUGGCACUGUUCUACGAAGAAUUUGCGGCUUGGUUGGAGAACGCUGGCCGUUGGGCCCAAGCAGAAGAGGUUUACCUCAAAGGCAUUGAUUGCGAGGCACGACCACAGGAACGUCUGAUCCGCAAGUUCGGUGAGUUCCAGCACAGACGGGAGUCCAAGGGCUCGGCACAGGACGGCCCAACAAGCCCGGCGAUGCCCAAAGUGCGACCUGCAUUAGCCGCCAAGCUAGAUCCAUUCGCAGCUGCGGCGGAAGAAGCAGAUCCCCAGGCACGGGAUCGAGCUGCUUCCUCUACGUCACGCACUUCAAAGCCAGGGCGCUCAAAGAUGAGCAUCUUUGCCGAUGGUGACGAGCCAUCUAAACCGGGAAGCUCUGAUAGCAAUUCGGGGUGGGAUUCUAUCGGUUCGCUCAAAGAACGAAGGAAGGAGAACACAAGAGAGGCAAAGCCUUGGGUUGGUGAGACAUUGCAGGGUGGUCGUCGUGCAGUCAGUGGCCCAAAGAUGAUGGUUUUCAGGGAUCAGUCCUUAGGCGCAAACAAGAAUACGAAUAAUGAACAUUCUCAAUCAGAGCUACAGUGCAGCAUUAAUCCCAAGACUGGACGGAAAGAGUAUGUCUUUGCUAACCUAGAGCUUGUAUACCCAUCAGGGGAUGCAGAGAGUGGCUACGAAUUCUGCUUUGAGGAAUUGAGAGCGAUGAAAAGAGGGUUGAUUGACCCCACGGGCCGUGUGAUCAAACCUAAGAAGCAGACUGCUACAAAGACAGACAUUGAACAAAGGCCAGUUACACCUCCCAACACGGCCGUCUCGCCCAAGAACACAAAGGUUAGCAGUUCAAGGAAGCUAGACAUUUUCCAGGAUACUCAGACGAGCAAAAUCCCGGUCAAGAUACCUGUGUUUGAUGAUAGCGUGGCCCAAGACCAACCCGUGUCCACGACAAAAGUUUCGAAAAAGAUCCCUGUGUUUGACGAAAACGGACAACCCCAAGUUGAGACAGAUGCAGCCGCUAGGGCAGUGAAGAAAAAGAUGCGCAAGGAGGAAAGGGCCAAUCGAACGAGGAAGAUUGAGAUAAUGGAGGUCAAAGCAGAGCCACAGACUAUUCAAACCAAUCUCAAUUCACCAGCAGGGCCAAAAAUUAAGAGAAAAAAGUCUGGCGAGGCGACGAUGACUUUGCAUACCAAAGAAGCAAUGAAUGAGGUUUAUGACCUGUUCAAUCAAACUUUGACAAAGGUGUCGGAAGAACCAGUGGAAGAUAAUCAAAGCCAAGUUGAUAGUAGCGAUGACGACGAUGAUGAUGAAGAUGAUGACGACUACACAAGCGCUGGUGAAAGUACAACCACUGGAAGAUUUUCUGCAGUCACGAGCGAAGCUGGCGACGAAACCCAAGCCGAUUUCACAAUGGCCACGCAAAGCAAUGUCAGCGUUGGUGAAAAUACGAACAACUCCGACUGGUCCGAGUUCUCUGAGGUCAAAGAGCUUCCUGAGCAACAUGGGAGCAACGUUGGCCUUGAAAUAGAUGACGAGAAUGAUGUGGGAACGCAGGAAGAAGUCUUGACCCCCACAUCACCACAAAGACUGAGUGAAGAUCAAUAUGAAGAGGAUCCGCAAGACAUUCCGUCACUGGAAGCGCAAGACGAGCCAGGCAUGGCACGACGAGGUUUCUCUUAUCGUAGCCGUCAGCUCCCAUUCAUGACUCCGAUUGUAGAGAAGACUGAAUCGUCACUAGGAGCUAUGACUGUUUAUGCGGAGAAGGAGUACUUCAACACAAAGACACCAAGUCGCCAGAACAACGUAAAGAAUGCGCAAGCUAAAGACUGUGAUGUAUGGAGUAGUCCAUUCCAGGCGAACACGGAAGAGAACAAGGAGAACAUCAAAGUGCCCCAACCGGAGUUCGUUAAGCCGGUGAAGGCUGAUCAACAGAAAGCUCAACCACUUGCUCCCAAAGACUUGGGAAAGGAGAAGCCAAAGGGCCCUAUCAUCAAAGAAUUGCAGUGCAAUCCUAUCGAAGAGUCAAUACGAGCCACAAUUCUGUCCCAAGUUCAACCACCUUUGGGCACCUACGCUGGCUUUUUUGAUCGCCGAGGGCAGAUCGCGGCACAAGGAGUUGACAUUCGCAAAUAUACAAAAGCUGUAAAGAAUAAAAACGACAAAACGUUGAGCGCAACAACACCACCAGUAUUGACGCUUAGUGGCUCCUCGCGACGGUAUCAGGUCCGUCGCGAACUCGGAAAGGGGGCGUUUGCGCCAGUUUAUCUUGUCGACAGUCAACCGUUGCCUGCAUCACUUGAGCAGAACGAAAGCACAGCUGCGGCAAGGAUGGGAGAAGGCGAAUUCGGACUCCGUCGUAAUGAGCAAGAAGCAGUCAAGAUGGAAGAACCGCCUUCAGCCUGGGAGUUCUACAUCAUUCGACAAGCAAAGCGAAGACUCGGCGUUUCGCGGCCGUCAGAAUCAAUCGUGGAGGCUUACGAGAUGCAUCUUUACGAAGACGAGUGCUUUCUGAUCGAAGAAUACCGCAAUCAGGGCACAUUACUGGACUUGGUCAACGCAUACCGUGCGGAAGGUGGGGUCAUGGACGAACAGCUCGUCAUGUUCUUCACCAUCGAGCUCCUCCGAACGGUUGAGGCUCUUCACGCCAAAGGCUUGAUUCAUGGCGAUUUGAAAGCCGACAAUAUCCUCGUCCGACUGGACAGCUCUGACACGGAGUGGUCGUCUCAAUACCACCGUUCCGGUACAAAUGGCUGGUCUGAUAAGGGCAUCAAAAUCAUCGACUUCGGCCGCGGCAUCGACAUGAAAGCGUUUAAGCCUGAAGUUCAGUUUAUAGCCGAUUGGAAGACCAGCGAAGCCGACUGUGCAGAGAUGCGCGAAAUGCGUCCCUGGACAUAUCAGGUAGACUAUCAUGGACUGGCUGGCAUAGUUCACAGCAUGCUAUUCGGGAAGUACUUGGAGACGGUGGCGGAAAGAGGUGGCACACUCGGCGCUGGCGCUACGAAGACAUACCGGAUAAGGGAAAGUCUUAAGAGAUACUGGCAGACGGAAAUAUGGAGUGAUGUAUUCAGCCUGCUUCUAAACCCGCUCAUGCAUCUUGACGGUGAAGAUGGAAGGAGGCUACCUGUGCUGCAAGGAGUGAAAAGGCUGAGGGAGAGAAUGGAGAUGUACCUGGAGACCAACUGCGAAAAAGGUUCAGGGUUGAAAGCGGGACUUAGAAGGGUUGAGAAUAUGAUCAGAGAGAAGAGGAAGUAGUCGGUUGCAACAGGUACGCAACGAGUGUUAUCUGCAUACCUGGGGGGGGGCCAAUUUCUUGGUGGGCUUGACUGCAUUUUUGUGGCGUUCCGUUGUGGCACUGGGGAGAUUGGAUACCCGCGGAGUGAUUGGUACGCUUUUGGAACAUUUGGAUAAAGUUUCAAGAUAAUCGAUCCUAAUCAUAAAUUAUGCGAGCCUUUUGCACA